GAGUAUGAGUAGGUUGGUGCAAAUUAUUCUUCAGCUAUUUAUCUUUAAAAGAUACGUAUCGUGAAGUAAAAAUUGUGCGAGUUUGCACGUGCGAGCUAAAAGAGCUUUCGCUUGUUCUCUUAAUAAAAAAAUAAAAGAAGAACGCAAAUCGAAAAAAGAAAAUGCCGAAGGAGAUGAUCAAGCCGUGGGACGGUCGCAAUAACCGACACGAGGACAAGACUUACUUCAAUUAUAAUAAUCAAGUAGGAAGACCUGUAGGAAGAGAUAGAAGAUUUCAUGUUGGUCCCAUCAAGCAUCAUGUAUCGUUCAGGAUUCAUAGACCAAACAAUCUAAUAUCACAUAAUUUGGCAUUUGCGAAUUUGGACAACGACAUUUCGAUGACUUCUAAUAACAAUACGAGACAAAUGAUAAUCAACCAGAGAGAUAGAGAAAGAGGUGAUAGAAUUUGGCGUACUGUUUAUCAUGGAGGAAACAGUCCUGUGCCCAAUUUCAAGGGAGUUCAAUUUCAAGGGAUUCAAGGAAGGAAUUUUAAGGGAGAUCAAUCAAAUUCUAGGAUGCAACCUUUUUUUUUGAAAGAAUCCAAUGGGUAUAGAAUUAAUAUACCAUACGGCCAUAAGUAUGAAAGGGAUUAUAUUAUAAAUACCCUUUUGAAUUAUAUGGCACCUAAAGUAUUCGUUCCUAUAAUGUACAAAAAAACAAGAAUUGACGCUUGUUUCUACAUAGACGAUCAUAAGAUAGCGAAUGCAUUGCUAAAGUGUGAUCGAAAAAUUACGAUGAGUAAUGGAUUUAAACUGCGAGUGAAGGUAAAACCAGAAUUUCCAGUCUGCGAUAUUGAUGACGAAGUAAAGGAACGAUUGAAGCAAGCAAUGGCUAAGAGAUAUAGACAAGACACCAAGGCUUUGGAUUUGUCCAAGUUUCAUCUUGAUUCUGAUCUUUGCUCUGAUUAUUUUUAUGCACUGUCCUAUCCUGUUAUGAUGAUGACUGUAUUGGAUAUUAUGGCGGAGCACAUACCGAAUUUAGAAGCUUUGAAUUUGGAAGGAAAUAAGCUGCAGAAUGUUGAGAGACUCAGUAUGCUAACCAAGAAAUUCUUAAAAUUGAAGAUUCUUCAUAUGGGUGAUAAUAAGAUUAGAGAUAUUUAUCAACUAGAUGCUAUUAAGGACCUAAAACUAAACGAAUUGAAGUUAUCUGGAAAUCCUGUCUGUAACAAGUAUAAAUCUCGACAAAAUGACUACGUUAGAGAUAUUCGAAGACGAUUCCCAAGAUUACUGUUUCUGGAUGGCACAGAAUUACCACGACCGAUUGUCUUCGAUAUAGUUGAUGAAGAUGCCAACAUUCCUCUAUCACAGAAGAUGUUUGUCGCUGUCGAUGUAAAAGUACAAGAAAUCGCUAAGCGAUUUUUAUUAUUAUAUUUUACAGUAUUCGAUAGUGAGAAUCGUCAACCUCUACUGGACGCAUAUGACGAACAUGCAUGCUUCAGCAUGACAAUAAGCAUUUCUCAUAAUAACAAAUUAAAUGGGUAUCAUUUAGAGAAUCGAAACCUAUUCAAAAUAAACGAUACGGUCAGAAGACAGAAAUUUUUGAAACAGGGUAGAUUACCUGUAGUUUCUUUUAUAUCAGAAAUUCCACGAACAAAGCAUCUGUUGAGUACUUUUACCAUGGACAUCUCUCUUGCUACACAAACAAUGAUGUUCAUUACAAUAACAGGCUACGUUCAACUUGAUAACAAGGAAGAACCUAUCCACUAUUUCAACCGAACAUUUAUAAUUGUUCCGAAGGAUGAAGGGUAUUGUAUUCAGAAUGAGCAGUUGCAUAUUAGUCAGCUGCCUGAGUCGCAAUUAAACCAACUGCACCAGCAACUAAAUCAGUUAGAAAAUCAACAAAUCCAAUCGGAAACGCCAGCCCUGAGUUCCGUAGAAGUAACGAAUCCCGUGGCAACGGAGCCCAAUGACGAAAUGAAGCAGCAGAUGACAUUAACGUUAAGUCAACAGACAAAUAUGAAUCUGGAAUGGAGCUUGAAAUGCUUACAAGAUACUCAGUGGAACUAUGACAAUGCAGUCUCUGCUUUUAUUUUAAAUCGUGAACAGAUACCAUCACAAGCGUUUACAAAGUAAACAUAUGUGAGUAAGAAAAUUCAUAACUGUGAUAAUAACUUGUAAGAAAAGUUCAAGCUUCUUGUGAAAAUCAAACUCCAUUUCAUUUCAUUUCAUUUAUAUUGCAUUUGUUUC